GAAAUACAACGUAGGAUCGCGAAUAAAUAAUGACGGUAAAACGUUCAGUUGUCGGCUGUCAUUCCGUCAGCUGGUUUGGGCUGUCAAUGAAAAGGGAGAGCAAGUGUACACAAGUUGGAUUUGUCAGCAAUCUAAGAGGAAUCCGAAAACGGUGUCAAGAGAUAUAUUUUGUGUGAGCCAUCCGUCGGUUUGGUUGAUAUGAUUCUUCGCUGCUUGCCGUGUGUUGUUGAAUUUUUUUUAUUGUGCUGUUAUUUGUGCGACAGUUGUGAAGGUGCUGCUGAUAGGAAAUUUGUCUGUACUUCCAUUAUAACUAUGUCGCAGCAAUUAGUUUUGUCAAUUCCAAGUGCCUUUACGUCUCACCUAAAUGCAUAAUUUGGAAUUCAUUAAAUGGUGCAUAAUAACUUGAAAUUGCUGAUCGUUUGAUCCCCUCUUGGAUUACGGGUUUGUUUUUGUGGUAGUGUGUGCUGUGUAUUAACUGUAAUAUGUACGAGGGUGACUAUUCCUCAGCAACAAAACAAAACAAGCUUGAAUAGUAUUUGUACGGUUGAAAAUUACUGUGGGAACCCACUGCUCGGUUACAUUUGAAAACUCGAUAGUAAAGCUAGAGCAAAAGAUACCCGUUUUAAAAUGCUAGAGAGAAAAGCGACUGGUUGUUCUUCGUUAGUCAAUAUAGACGAACGUCUGGCUGAAUACUUGCAAUUAGUGUGAUCAAUAAUCACAAUUUCAGUUUGUGGCAUCGUUGAAAAAACUUAUUUUAUAUCGACCGGUGCGUUUAUAUGUCAAGUUGUAAGAGAAGUUUUCAAGCAGGUGCUAUCGGAAAACUUAAGAGAUUUGAUUGUACAACAUACAAGUAACUUGAAUAACUUGCUCAACAGAGCGAUUCGUCAUGGAGAAAAGUUUUGAUGAAAUAACAGUCUCCAGUUUAUCGGAUGUGCGGCUAGACAACGGCUCUGGUGCAGGGGUCGCGAUAGCAGACUUUGAGCACCAACAGCAAACACAGCAGCAGUCAUCAUCGUCACCAUUCCAUCGGGAAACCUCUCAAAUCAACAGCAACCAGAUCAACAACGGCCAGCCGCGCAGCAACAGUAGCAACGGUAACGAGAAUAACUUAAAUCGGCUGAAGAAGUCCUCCAAGAAGCAGCAACAAGCUCACCAUCAGCAGCAACCUAUGUUCAAUCCUUCCAAGCAUCUGGAUGUUUGGCUGGCCAACGCCAUCCGCGGUCUAGAAAGUGGAUCGAGUUUGGAUCCAUCCGAACAACUGGACAGUCCCACUCUGAAGACGAGUUUUACCGAACCGCUUUCGUUACCACCCAACUUGAACUACCUCGACAGUGUGAACGUAUCCUCGUCAGCAUCGGGGCUUUUUUCGCCAACUCAGCAACUGCAGUAUCAGCAGCAACCGUCGUCAGUGCCGGCCUUUAUCCAACAGCAGCAAUUCCUGCAACAUCAGUAUCGCUUUGGCGGCAAUUUCGUGUCGGCUACCAACGACGGGAGUGAAUUCGCUAGUCUACCGCCAAGAAUAAACAACCAGAGCAACCCGACCCUGCCGUCUAGCCAUUUCAGUCGAAGAUUCCAAUUACAACAGCAGAAAUCUAGCUCGUCGUUUCAGGAUUUUGCGAACUCGCAGCGUAUAAUGACGGACUCGUAUAUCAACGAUUCGUCGGAUAACGAAUCGAAGAACAGCUGUGCCAAAUCAAAACAGGAAGUGGCGGAUGCUUUGCUGGCGGACCUCAACCUGCUGAACGCCAAUGCAACAAACAAUAGUGGCAGCGAUGGCAGCCCAAAUAACGGGGGUUUUACGGGGCCAUCGACUGGGAAUUCUAGUAAUAACCAGAACAAUUUGGUACUGGUGUUGUUGAAAGAGAUCGGCAAAUUGCAUGAUACCAACAAGAAGAUCUGUCGGAAUUUGCAUGAAACGAAAGUGGAAAUGGAAGCUUUGAAACAUACGCCACACUGGGGACUCAGUCACCGUAGAGACAGCAUAAGUGGCCUGAGCACCAAUAGUCAACCAGUAGGAAUGCGUUACAAUAGCUUUGGGCUGCAGAGUCCUGCACCGACAUAUCACUCGCAAGGCAAUUACACUCCAGGAAUCGUAACGGAUGUAAUUCGUGAAAUUCGGGAAGUAUCUCGCGUUCGAGAAGAAGCGUUGAUGGAACGUAUGAAAACGAUGAUCGAGGAACGCUCCUGGGCAUUGAAUGAAGCUAACUUCCGGCUGCUGAAGGAAUCGGAAGAAAUGAAGAAAUCUAUCCAUUCAGUGCGAUCGGAAAUGAAUCAAAUAGUAGAUCGAAUGCUAAAGUUAGAAAACGAAGUAAUAAACCUAAAAGCACAGUUAAAUCAUCAGCAGCAACAACAGAACAUUGUCUUUCGGGAACGGGACGCUUUCGGGCAAGGUUUGACGAGUAAUGCAGCGGCAGGAUCAGCUGCUGGUAAGCUGCGGCGCAACAGUUUGCAUUUAAACUACGGACGAAUAAGCAAUGCUGAUGAUUUCUACAGCAAUAAUUUUAGCGACGCAAGCAAUGACAUACGAUACAGCAACGGAAGCAAUAUGCGAAAAUUUGGUGAGAAUAAUUUUGGCUCGACGUUAAAUGGUGGCGGUUUUAGUGAGGAAAUGCAUGAUGAUUCCUCAAAUGAUCAGGUGUUGUUGUUGGAGAAGGAUGCAUUAAAGUUGAGGCGCGAGCUACAAGACGCGUUGGCCUCUAAGCAGGAGUCGGAAAACCGGAUUACAGCAUUAACUCUAACAUGUGCUCGUUGCAAAUCGGAAACAGUAACCAAAUGUGCCAUUGCCAUUUAUCCAUUGAGAUAUACAUCGAGAAGUGUAAGGAUUGAGUUGUUCUUUAUCAAAAAUAUUUAAAACGAUUUAUUUUAUCAAUUUAAACGUUCGUGGAUUCACAUUCGUUGUACCUUUGACAACGCGAGAAAAAUAUUUUCCUAACCCAAUGCGAACAUUUGCCGGAAGGUAGUCAAAAACUACUUAAGUAUGUUUAAACCAAAAUAAGCAAUAACUUUAUGUACUGAACUAAUCGCGGGUAAGAAAAAAGAUAAGGCAGGCAUUGUAAUAAAAUGCCAAAAAUUUGUUCUUGUUCCAAUAACUGCACACAAGUCUUAUUCUCAAAACCAUUGACAAGUUUUUCAACAUAUUUUGUAAGUGAUCUAAUAAUAAAUCUUAUGACGAAACCGAAACAAUACUAGGGACAUGGAAUGUAUUUUCAUUUGAGUUCAUAAUUGAUAGCCUAGAUUUUUCAAUCGCAUCUGAAUGAUUUCUAUACUACAAAAAUAAUACUCUAGAGAAUAUCUUUGUUCCAGAUAAAGUAAAAUAAAACACAGUUCAAUCGCAGUUCUCAACAGUAAGUACAUUAAAAUCACAGUAAAUUUAAAAAAAUAGUACGUUGUUUCGAACGCAAAUAUAUUACAAUUCACUGUCGUAUUCAAGUUUGCACACAAGUUUUCGUAAGCUGGUCAAGAAAACGCAUUAGCCAAUUGAGACGUUUGGGAAUAUUUUGUCCAAUUUUAUUUGAAGAGAACUAUUUUUACUGAGCUUUACUUUAAUGCUCGAACUGAAGAUUGGAUAAUACGAAGAAAAGGUCAUCGUUUUCUCAAAUUUACUCUCAACAUUGAGGCACAAGAUGGAACUAUAAUCAAUCCAGAAUAAAAAUGAAAGCCUUUUCGGGUGGUAUUAAUCUAUGUACUUGUCCUUUCGACAUAAGAGCUGUCGAUUUUAAAUUUUUAGAACUAGGAGGCAGAUAUAGCGUGAUUUCUAUAAAUACAGAUGCAGAGUAAAUUUGAGCACAUCAGGCAUAAUAACACAAACAAAACGAAUUCCAUCUAAACUGUACGGGUAGAAGAAUUAUAUUGAAAAAUUGAAGCAAAGACAUUUAGUUAACCAUUCAAGAUCAUAACACAAUGAAAUGUGAGAGGAAAAGCUUACUUGUAAGUUAAACAAGAGUUCUUCAUUACCGGUUCAAAACUGCAUUCCGACAGAUACUAAACAUCACAAUUUAUUUGUAGUCCUUAAGAAAUGUGUUAUUCUGCAGUCAUUUUUUUAAAUAUGUGUAUUAUUACGGUCAUGUGACUUCGUUAGUAAAGUUGUAAUGUUAUUAUAUUUAUUAUUUUUUUUAAAGUUUUGUGUUAUUGAAAUCUUGUAAAUAAUUUUAAGACGAUUUUAAACUUUCUGUAAAUGCACCGUAAAAUAGACUAAGAAUUAUGGCGAUAUCACCCUGCUGCAAAUGAUAACUAAAUGAUUCUAACCGAACAUGAUAGAUAACAGAGAUUGACGUAAGAGAUAUUUUGCUAAGAACGUUAAUAAUAUAUUUGUAAAGAAACUGAGUAUGAAUUUAAAUACGCUUUUAAAUAAAAACAAAUGCUUUCAUUUAUUCCGAAAGACUAGAGCUGUAUAUGUAAGUAGUACUAGAUUGAAAGGACGAUUAGAGGUUUAGUUGAAAACAAAUCGUUUUACGAUAAGAGCUCAUAACCUUUUUGAUCAAAAAUCCUUCAUAAUUAACAUAAGACUCAGGUAAGUACAUAACACCCAUGCCCUGGUUAGCGGGAUAAGAUUUGACCAUGCAAUCAUUUAAUAAUAAUAUU